AUGAAGAGUGCGCACCUAUUUGUCAUUCAAAGAGUGAAGUCGGCGUCGGUCACGGUCGAUUCGGAGUUGAUCUCGUCCAUCGGCAAGGGAUUGCUAGUAUUCGCCGGUGUGGGCAAGGAUGACACUGAGAAGGAAGCCGAGAAUCUGGUGAACAAGGUCUUGAAGGCGAAAUUCUGGCCCGAUGAGAAUGGCGCACAAGUAUGGACCUCUGUGGUGCUUCGCAUAUCCAUCCUCGGCGCAUUCGGUGCUGAUUCUUUGCUAGUGGAAGAGGAACUCUCCCAAUUCACUCUUUACGGCAAGAUGAAGAAAGGCAACAAGCCCGACUUCCACGAUGCGGCCGACGCUUCAACGGCACGCAAGCUCUACGACCAUUUCUACAAUAAGAUGCGCGAGACCUAUGUGGCGGAUCGGGUCAAGAACGGAGUGUUCCAAGCCAUGAUGGACGUGGAGCUCAAGAAUGAUGGGCCGGUGGGUGUCGACUACCGCAGUGAAGAUGCGGCGGUUACUAUCGAGAUCGAUACCAAUCUUCCUAAAAAGGAGCCCAAGGAACCUAAGAAGGAAGAGGGCGACAAGGAGAAAAAGAAAGAUGAUGGAGAUGACUCGGAGACCAGGCACGUCUUCGAGUUUAAGCUGCCCGCGGAACUGCUGGCAUAG